GGAGAUGGCGGAAGGCGGAGGCUGCGGGCAGCGGCCGGACGCGGAGACCCAGAAAUCUGAGCUUGGGUCCCUGAUGAGGACGGCGCUUCAGCGAGGGGCACAGUGGUAUCUGAUUGACAGCCGAUGGUUCAAGCAGUGGAAGAAAUAUGUGGGCUUUGAUAGCUGGGAUAUGUACAAUGUGGGUGAAAACAACUUGUUUCCUGGCCCAAUAGAUAACUCCGGACUUUUUUCAGAUCCUGAAAGUCAAACCUUAAAGGAGCAUUUAAUUGAUGAACUAGACUAUGUAUUGGUUCCUACUGAAGCCUGGAAUAAAUUAGUGAAUUGGUAUGGCUGUGUAGAAGGGCAGCAGCCCAUAGUCAGAAAAGUUGUGGAACAUGGCCUGUUUGUCAAACACUGCAAAGUAGAGGUUUAUUUGCUGGAACUGAAGCUCUGUGAAAACAGUGACCCCACCAAUAUGCUGAGUUGCCAUUUCAGCAAAGCAGAUACCAUAGCAACCAUUGAGAAGGAAAUGCGGAAACUAUUUAACAUUCCUGAAGAGAGGGAAACCAGGUUAUGGAACAAAUAUAUGAGUAAUACAUAUGAGCAGCUCAGCAAGCCAGACAACACUGUGCAAGAUGCUGGUUUAUACCAGGGGCAGGUACUAGUCAUUGAGCCCCAAAAUGAAGAUGGCACAUGGCCUAGGCAGACACUUCAGUCCAAAUCAGGCACUAGCAGAGCUUUUACUACCUCUCCAAAAUCAUCAGCAAGCUCCUAUUCCUCCAUGUCUGCUUCUCCCAUUACAAAUGGUGAUAGUGCUAACUCUUCUGGCGUACACAGCUCCAGUCUCAGCAGGGGAGGUUCUGGCUUCUCCAAUUCUUAUAGUUGCCGAGAGUCUCAAUCUCACACUCAACCUGGGCUUUGUGGACUUGGAAACCUGGGGAACACCUGCUUCAUGAAUUCUGCUUUGCAGUGCUUGAGUAACACUGCACCAUUGACAGAAUACUUUCUAAAAGAUAAAUAUGAGGCUGAAAUCAACCGAGAUAAUCCUCUGGGCAUGAAAGGGGAAAUUGCUGAGGCUUAUGCUGAACUCAUCAAACAGAUGUGGUCUGGGAGGAACACUCAGGUUGCCCCACGGAUGUUCAAAACCCAAGUUGGUCGUUUUGCCCCUCAGUUUUCGGGUUACCAACAACAGGAUUCUCAAGAGUUAUUAGCCUUUCUUCUGGAUGGAUUGCAUGAAGAUCUAAACCGUGUGAAGAAGAAACCAUAUUUGGAGCUAAAAGAUGCCAAUGGCCGGCCUGACUUGGUGGUGGCAAAGGAAGCAUGGGAGAAUCACAGGUUAAGGAAUGAUUCUGUGAUAGUGGACACUUUCCAUGGCCUUUUUAAAUCUACAUUGGUCUGCCCAGAAUGUUCUAAAAUUUCUGUGACUUUUGACCCAUUCUGUUACUUAACUCUCCCUUUGCCCCUGAAGAAAGAUCGCACUAUGGAGGUGUUCUUGGUCUCUGCAGAUCCACAGUGUAGACCUACCCAGUAUCGCGUGACUGUACCAAUGAUGGGCGCUGUGUCUGAUCUGUGUGAGGCUCUCUCAAAGCUCUCCGGCAUUGCUGCUGAAAAUAUGGUGGUCACAGAUGUGUAUAAUCAUCGGUUCCACAAAAUUUUCCAAAUGGAUGAAGGUUUAAAUCAUAUUAUGACCCGGGAUGACAUCUUUGUAUAUGAAGUCUGUAACACAGCAGAGGAUGGAUCAGAAUGUGUCACUUUUCCAGUUUACUUCAGAGAGAGGAAAAUCAGGCAAACAAGUUCAUCUUCUGGGACUGUUCUAUAUGGGCAACCACUGUUAAUCUCUGUCCCAAAGCACAAGUUAACCCUUGACUAUUUGUACCAGGUUAUCUGUGAGCGUAUCAGCCGCUACAUAAAACAUCCUUUACCAGAUGACGCUCCUAGACCACACUUGGACAGUGCUACCUAUAAUGGUUCCAAUGGCAUUUGUGAAGGAGAAGAAGAAGAAAUGGAACACCAGGAUGACAGCAAAGGACAAGCUACAGAUACAGAGUCCUGUUCAACUGAAGACUGUGCUGAACAUGAUUUGGGAAAUGAGUCCUGUCAGAAUAUCCCAAAGAGAGUCAGAAGCCAGCACUGCAAAAAAAGGCUUUUCACCUUCAGCCUGGUGAAUUCCUAUGGCACCACUGACAUCAAUUCUCUUGCAGCAGAUGGGAAGCUCCUCAAACUGAAUUCUCGUUCCACAGUUGCUGUUGAUUGGGACACCGAAACCCGGUGUCUUCACUACGAUGAACAAGAAUCAGAGGCUUAUGAUAAACACAACAGCAUGCUCCAGCCCCAGAAGAAGAAGAAAACAACAGUGGCCCUUCGAGAUUGCAUUGAGCUCUUCACUACCAUGGAAACUCUGGGGGAGCAUGAUCCCUGGUAUUGUCCUAACUGUAAGAAACAUCAACAGGCCACGAAGAAAUUUGACUUGUGGUCCUUGCCAAAGGUAUUGGUGGUUCACCUCAAGCGAUUUUCAUACAACAGAUACUGGAGAGAUAAACUUGACACUGUGGUUGAAUUUCCAAUAAGAGACCUGCAUAUGUCUGAGUUUGUCUGUGACCCAGCAGCUGGCCCUUAUGUCUAUGACCUCAUUGCUGUAUCCAAUCAUUAUGGAGCCAUGGGUGUGGGUCACUAUACUGCAUAUGCAAAAAACAAACUAAACGGCAAAUGGUAUUACUUUGAUGAUAGUAAUGUAUCCCUGGCCUCUGAGGAUCAAAUAGUGACAAAAGCAGCAUAUGUGUUGUUUUACCAGCGUCGGGAUGAUGAGUUUUAUAAGGCACCCUCCCUCCCAGGUUUCCCUGGUCCCUCGGAUGCAGGGAAGAAAGGAAAGCGCUCCCAGGAGGGGCUGGAGGAGGAUGACUUGUAUAGCAUGGAUACCAACUGAAACUGCCUAAAGUCGGCCACUACCUUAAAGAGGACCAUUUUGACACAUCUGGAACAUCUCUUGCACUCUAAAAGCUGCCAGAUGUACAGACUGCCAUUCAAUAAGGGAAAUUCCUUUUUUAUGGAACAGAAGAGAAAAAAAAAGACCCUGUUUGCUCAUGAAGGGUUAUGUUGAGAGGCUGAAUUAUUAUUAUUAUUUUUAAAUACAAGUUGUGGGAAAGUUCUGUAAACACCUGUGAUGCUACAGAACUAGGGGUCAACAGGGUAAAGGGCUGCAAGGCUGGAAGAGUCACACAUGAUUUGGAGAGUGGAAUUGGGGGUGCAGAAAGAUGAGAAAGCAUGCUGCUGAGGGGAGAGGAAAAUUUCUCCAGGAAAAUCUCUGAAAUAGCUCUUCUUGGUGCACACAAAUGAUUGUUGGCAGUAGUGGGCCCUCUGUAUUGAUUAGAAUAGAUUCUCUUCCAGAGUUCCUAGAGCUCCACUUUUCCAUUUCUCUUUGCCAGCUGCCCUUGUAGCCUCUCCCACAGGAAACCCACCCCCAAAGUGAAAUUGGGCACUUUUUGAUCACUUAUACCUUGACACAGAUUUACUUGAAAAAUUCCUCCCCUUUCCCUUAAAGAAAACAUUUAUUUUGAUUUCUGAUUCUGGAUGCCUCUGAUAUUUCCAGAACAAAAUUACUUGAAUGCAACUGCUUUCUCAAUAAGUAUAGAUUUUAAAUGUAUUUGAAUCCCCUAUCCUCUCCCCAAGUGUGGGAUAUAUUUAGAUGCAGAUGACUACUGUAUUCAGUGAUGAAUUGAAACAUUUUGGUUCUUAUAUUCAGCUGGAUUUUUUAUUGGCUAGAGCUAAAAACUGGCUCCCCAUCUUAAGGCUGCAGGGGACUUAGUUUUCUUAGUCUUCUUUCCCUGGAGACAUUAAUUUUUGUUAAUGUUUCCUCUGUGUUCACCUCUAGGGCCUACAACUAAGAAUUCCUUGUCAUUUGCAUCAACACUGCAUUUGGUAAAAACUAAAGUUAGUUCCCUGCCAAUCUACUUUCCAUUCUGGUUGCAUAGCUGAAGGGGACAGGAAACACAUUUAUUUCCCUACUUUAUUCCUUUCUGACAGAUUCUUCUGUUUUGGAAAGGUGUGGAGGGGAAGGGAAGGGAAGUAGUUUUCUCUGAUAAACUGAAAGUCUCCCCCUUUUACUCUUAACUUGGGAUUAUUUGAGGCAUUCUUUUCCUCUUUUCUGGUCUUCUUUCCCUGAUCUCUGAAUUUUCAGGCCUGCCAUUUGGUGUCAUUGUUGUCAUUUUUCAUUGACUUCAAUUAGUAAACCCUUUUUGAAGAAGCUGCCAGAAAACAGUAACUGUGGAUACCAUUUUAUUUUCCACCUUUAGUGGCAAAGACACCAUAUACCUUCUUGAACACAGACUCUGGUUUCUAGGUUUUUAAAUGGAAUGCCAAAGGUCUUGUCUUUUACUAACAAAAACCUGUCAGCAUUCUUGAAAUUAACCCCUAAUGUGACUUUACUUCUAGUUCACAGACUUUUUUCUCCUUCCUCCCCUUUAAAAAAAAAUGCCCCUACCCAAUGCCACUGCCUUGUUCUUGUGCCUAGGACUGCCCAUUUUGGCUUUUGUCUGCUGACAUCACUAGUUCUGGCCCUGGCUGCCUUUUCCCCCAACUAUGCCAGAUCAGGAGCUGGUCCCCUGGAUAAAAACUAUAAAAAGAACCUAUGCCCAGGGAAUGAAUUUGGUUUUCUGCUGUUGUAGAGUAAGAUGAAUGUGGACCAAUCCUGAUCCUACUUGCUAGAUAACUAGAGCCUGCUCUUACCUCUAGGCCUUUGACACUUCCCACCUAAUAAAUGGAAGGUGGCCUGCAAAUGUGUAUUUUCCUGGUGAGCUGUGAUUGGCUCCCUGGUGGUAGAUGAAACCUUCCUCUUCCCAAUAACCAGCAAGCUUUGCCCAAGACCUUGUCUCCAACCCUUCAUUCACUAUUUCAAAGCACUGAAAUUGUAGUUUAUUUAGCUCACGAUUGCUUUUGGUGUAUUUGCAUUGUAGACCACAUUCCCCGUGUUCAGGAGUGGGCUGCCCCGCCUUGAGCCCGCUGAUCCCACCUGCCUGCCCCGCAGCCAUGGCCAAGUCCAAAACAAAACAUGCCUCUGCCGUUACUGGGCCAUUUCGCUGUAAAGGAAAUGCCCCACGGCCUGUUGUUCUUCCAGUGAAAUUGGCAAUGUGACCGCGCCACGGUGGUGAAACAAAUGAGCUUUCUCCUCAGGGCCCUGAAUCCUAAUGGAACACAAUGUAGCCAGGGGGGCGGCCGGAGCCCUUCCCUUCCUGCCUCGGCUGGGCCGGGGUCUCUGGCAGCUCGAGACCCCUCAGGACCAGGCUGCCCGCCUCCAACACUGGGUUUUUAAUGCUAGAAAGAAUAAAGCGAAUGGUUUGCACUAA